CUUGCUUACAGUUUCGUUUCUGAACAUUAUUAUAUGAAAAAUGUUUCGAGUAGGUUCAAAAAAUUUAUGUUUAUAUUAUUGUAACACAUCGUUACAAUUAUUCCAAUUUAUACGUAAUAAAUAUGACUUUCUACAUGAGCUUGGAAUUGAAAAUGAAAAUCCUGGAUAUUUUGAUGGAAAAUGGGGUGGUACUGGAAAAGUACUAGAGUCUAUUUCACCUGCAAGUGGAUGCAUGAUCGCUAAAAUUCAAAUGCCAAGCUUAAAAGAAGUAGAAUCUACUAUUGAAAAAACUCAUAAUGCUUGGUUUCUCUGGAGUACAUUGCCACCUCCAAAGCGUGGAGAAAUAAUUCGCCAAAUUGGUAACAUGCUUAGGAAUAACAAGAUUUCUCUUGGAAAACUGAUAUCUUUAGAAAUGGGUAAGAUAUUAUCUGAGGGAAUAGGUGAAGUACAGGAAUAUAUAGAUAUAUGUGACUAUGCGGUCGGACUAUCCCGAAUGUUGCCGGGAAAAAUUUUUCCGUCAGAGCGAGAUAACCAUAUUUUACUAGAAUUAUGGAAUCCCAUAGGUGCAGUAGGAAUUAUUACAGCUUUCAACUUUCCCGCAGCUGUUUUUGGAUGGAAUAGUGCUUUAGCAAUGGUUUGUGGUAAUACAACUGUAUGGAAAAGUUCACCAACAACUCCUUUAACAUCAAUCGCCAUAACAAAGAUUAUAUCAAGAGUUCUAGAAGCCAACAAACUUCCAGGAUCAAUUGCAUCCUUAGUUACAGGAUCAGGCGAUAUUGGUCAUAUAUUAACUAGUGAUAAAAGAUUACCACUUAUAUCAUUUACUGGAAGCUCUACAAUUGGAAAGCGAGUAGCACAUGUCGUACAGGAACGAUUUGGAAAGACUAUAUUAGAAUUAGGAGGAAAUAAUGCAAUGAUAGUAUUAGAUGACGCUGAUAUAGAAAUGGCUGUUAAAUCAGCUGUAUUUUCUUGUAUAGGGACUGCCGGUCAACGCUGUACUAGUACAAGAAGAAUAAUAUUACAUCGUAAAAUUGAGAAACAAUUUACAGAAAAGUUGAAGAAAGCUUAUACAGCUAUAUUAGAAAAAACUGGCGAUCCACUGGAUAAUCUAACAUUGUAUUCACCAUUACACAGUGAGGAAUCCCUAAUCUCCUUUGAGGCUGCAGUAGAAUCAUCUUUAGAAAAUGGCGGAAAAUUAGAAUUUGGAGGAAAACGUAUACAACGGCCAGGUUAUUAUGUUGAACCUACCAUUAUAAGUGGAUUAGAGCCAAAUUUGCCUAUUGUAAAAAAAGAAACAUUCGCACCAAUUGUGUAUAAAUUUGAAAUUGAUUCAUUAGAAGAAGGCAUUACUUUAAAUAAUUGUGUAGAUCAAGGCUUGAGCAGUUCUUUGUUUACACGUGAUAUUCAAAAUUUCUUCAAAUGGAUUGGUCCGACAGGAUCAGAUUGUGGUAUCAUUAAUCUCAACAUAGGAACGAGUGGUGCUGAAAUAGGUGGUGCAUUUGGAGGGGACAAAUCAAGUGGAGGAGGACGAGAAAGUGGAAGUGAUGCGUGGAAAAAUUAUAUGAGAAGAUCCACCAUUACUGUAAAUUUUGGCAAAAAUGUACCUCUUGCUCAGGGCAUUAUAUUUACCUGA